UCCACUUUCUCUCAGCCUGAACAUUGGAGCAAAACUCAGCACCUCCAGAUCAUCCUCUUCUGGUCUAUGCCAACAACUGAAGUAUCCAGUCAUGAAUGUAGGCAUCUAUGUGUGUGUUAUCCUGGCCGCCUUGUCCAGUGGCUCCCUGAGUCUGCCUUCACAGUCAAUGAGAGCUGAGAGUUCUGCUCGCCUAACAGAAAGCCUCCAUGCUCCGUCACCCAACCAAGCACGCCAGGUCCGCUCGGCUCCAGAGCCACCAUCAGACCAGUUUACCCACUACAGCCAGCUCCGUGAGAACGAAGAGGCUCCAAACAGCCUGAGCAAGCUCCUGGCCAGACUCAUCUCCAGGAAAGGCUCUCCAUUGCAGAUCAGAUCCUCUCUCAGCAGCAGAGCUGUGGCGCCCAGCCACAGGAUAAAGGACAGAGAUUACCUCGGCUGGAUGGACUUUGGACGACGUAGUGCAGAAGAGUAUGAAUAUUCUCCGUGAAGCCACAGUCGGGCUUUCCUUCAUCCCCCGUCACAGCUCCCAACAGCCCUCGGUUAAAGCCAGCAAAAUCACAUAGCAAUUUCUAUCUUUCACAUUUCAUUUAAAUUAGGAUCCUGGAAUGAGAUCAGAUUCAAAAAUGUACAGAAUAAAGCAGAUUAUGGUAAAUAUUUUAAUUCUGAUGAUAGACAUUUAGAAGAUUUAACCGCAGUAUUUUUUAAUCUCUGAUUAUUUCUUCUGCCCCUCAAAAUAAAUCAUUUCAUUAAAGAGAGAAUCUCUGUCAAGUCUUAAACCA